UAUUAGCGUUCAGUUCGUGAAUUACCUUUACUAAUUGUUCGUUCUUGUUGCUAAAUCCAAGAAUAUGAAGAAACUAGCACUCUUUGUUCUAGGUCUCGCAGCUGCCGUUAAUGCAGAUUAUGGUGCAAAGUUAGAUGUAACGGAUAUAAACGAUUUGGCGAGUAGAUUCGACACCGACGUGGCAACAGUACAAGAAUGUUUAGACGAAGUUGGGACAACCGUAGUGAUAUUAGUCGAGGCGAGGAAAAAGUGGUGGGAUAUGCACGAUAAUGAUGACAUUGAUGACGAAACCAAAACAGUUUUCCUGAGUCACAAUUCCUUCAUAGCGUGCAUGUUGGAAAAGAAAGAAAUGAUGAAAGACUCGAAAUUAAUUGCCGACAAGAUACUGGAAAUACUUCAGAAUGAUAAGAAUAUAAAAAAACCUCGACCCAAAGAAGUCGUGACAGAAUGCGUGACUUCAUUAAACGAAAACAGUGAAAAGUCUCGGGAAGACAGGGCACUCGAACUGGUACUUUGUGCCUUUUCUGAUGAAAACGACAGAUAAAAAACAAGGAGAAUUCGUACAAUCUACAUAAUAACCAGCCACUCGUGAUAUUCCAUAUGUUAUGCACUGAUAGCAUUUUACAAGAGAAUCUUUUUUGUCAUCGGAGUUUAAGUAAAAUAAAAUGACGUCUCUGUAGAUUUGUAAUAUAUCUUAUUAUUAGUAUAUUCAAUAAUUAUAUAUUGCUGAUAUUAAAUGAAAGACUAGAUAUAUAUUUCAUAACUAAUUCACAUAGUCUAUAACACUGUAACACAUAAUAAUAAAAGUAGCACACUAUAAUAAAAAAAUUAACGCACAUGAAUAAUCUA